AAGGAUUUACAGAGCGGCAAACAAAGGAAAACAACACCAUGUCGGGUGGAAUGAAAACCCUGCGCAUCAAGUCCGGAAAUGACAUCAAACUUGAUCUGCCAAUCAGCGGCGACCCUCCACCAACGGUCACGUGGUACAAGGAUAACAAAGAGUUGCGUAACCUGGGCCGGUGUAGCAUCCGGAACACCCCCAUCUCCACCGUACUGAAGGUGCGGGGUGCAGACUGGACAGACGCAGGGGUGUACACGUUAAAGAUUUCUAAUGAGCUGGGGACUAACAAGGCAGAUAUCAAGAUUGAAGUGAUUGGUCCUCCAGACCCCCCUAAGGGCCCCCUGACCGUUAGUGACGUCACCGCAGAAACAGCUGUGCUGACAUGGGCGGCACCACAGUACGACGGGGGAGCGGAGGUGAUGAACUACGUUGUUGAGAAGACGGACAGUUUCGGGGUGACCUGGGUGUUCGUGAACACUAACGUACAGAGGAACACGAUCCGUGUGACCGGACUGAUCACAGAUGGGGAGUACAAAUUCAGGGUCAGCGCAGAAAACAAGUUUGGAACGGGACGUCCCAUAGAGUCUGACGUCAUUGUCGCCAAGAACCCGUACGACAUCCCGCCCUCCCCCAGAGACGUGCGCAUCUUGGACGCGUCCGGUGACACCGUCACGUUGGCAUGGCGACCACCUGCAGACGACGGCGGGUCAGAGAUCACAGGAUACAUUGUAGAACGGCGUGAGAAGACCAGUCGCCGCUGGGUCAAAGUUAACAGAACUCCCGUCAGGAAGUUGGAGAUCCGGUCACAGGGGCUCGUUAAGGGUCUGGAAUACGAGCAUAGAGUGAGCGCAGUGAACGCCGCUGGAGUGGGGACCCCUAGCGGACCUACCGAGUUGGUGGAGAUCAUCGAUCCUGUUGACCAACCGACAGACUUGAAGGUUACAGAAGUAUCUAGAAAUUCAGUGUCCCUGAAGUGGACAAGGCCCCUUAGCGACGGUGGAAGCCGCAUCGUGACGUACAUCAUCGAGCGACGUCAAAUGAAGGACGCGGAGGAGAGCUGGAUGCUGUGUAACGACUCUAACGUGCAGGACACCAACUUCACCGUGAAUAACCUACCAACAGACGAGGUGACUGCUUUCAGGGUGUCUGCCCGUAACGCCGCCGGUGUUGUCAGUAAGCCCAGCGACUCCACGCCGCCCGUGGUACUGAAAGACGAGGAACGGCCUCCUGUCAUUCAGGUGGACCCUCAAACGAAGACAUCUCAGCGGUUACAGGCCCCAGAGUCCGUCCAUCUCAUCGUCAGUGUCGUUGGGAAGCCACGCCCUGCUAUCUCCUGGACCAAAGAUGACGUUGCCAUCCUGAAAGUUCCCGGAGUCAGGGUAACAAGCACGGAAAAGAGUGUCGGGCCAACCUGUGAGCUCUAUAUUGCGUCAUCAGAACGUGUGCACAGUGGGAAAUACGUCAUCACGGCAGAGAACGAGUUAGGGACGGCGUCCGAGACACUGGAACUAGUGGUUACAGACAGACCACAGCCACCCGAGGAUGUUGAAGUGACUGAGAUUACCCCUGAGUCCGCCACAGUCACGUGGCGCCCGCCUGAGGACGACGGCGGUUCAGAGGUCACCAGCUAUGUUGUGGAAAAGUAUGACUUCAAGGAGAAAGAGUGGACGGAGGCAAGCCGCAGUGUCCGUAAGACGCCCUGCACCGUGACCAGACUGGUGGGCGGCCGGAUUUACAAGUUUGGAGUGCGUGCACAGAACAUGUACGGCGUCAGCGACAGGAGAACGACGCCACAGAUGGAGGCUAAAUACACCUUCGAGCCACCUGAAGCACCUGACAUGCCCAGACCAAUACAGGUCUCCAAGAAAGAGAUAGUCCUGCGCUGGAACGCUCCUCCGGCCGACGGGGGCAGCCCUGUGCUCGGGUACGUCCUGGAGAAGAAGACCGGUACGUCCGUGCGCUGGGACCGGGUCACCACGGACCCCAUCGCCACGGAGAUCUACACCGUACCCGCCGUGGAGGGAGGGGAGUAUGACUUCAGAGUCGCGGCGGUGAACGCAGCGGGGGUGGGCAAAUUCAGCGUAUCGUCGGGUCGGAUCGUCGCACGGAACAUUGGAAAGCCGGGCCCGCCGCCCAGUGUGACCGUACUGGACACUACCCGGUCCUCCGCCACCGUGCGAUGGACACAGCCGGAGGACAAAGGUGGUGCCGCCAUUCAAGGAUACGUCCUGGAGGUGAAAGAUGCAACAGCAGAUUGGCGCAAGUGUCACACCUGUGACGUCAUCAAGGGUUGCAACAUGACCGUGACUGGACUGGAUCCAGGUCAGGAGUACCUCUUCCGGGUCAGCGCCGUCAAUGAACAUGGCCAGGGAGAGGGGAUGGAGACCGUUCAGUCUGUAGAAGCAAAGGAUAGGCUUGAGCCACCGGAAGCGGAUGUAGAUCCCAUGAAGACCCGCGGCACCGUAGUGCAUGCUGGGGAGACUCUUCACCUCAAGGCGGGAAUCAGCGGGAGACCUGCCCCGGAAGUCACGUGGUCCAUCCCGCAGGAGGAGCGCGAAGGUCGCAUUGCAGUGGACACCACCACAAAGGACACACAACUGAUGGUGAUGAACUGUGACAGAACUGAUGCUGGGAGAUAUGUACUUACCCUUAAGAAUAGUGUCGGUGCCAAGACGGUGACGUUCAACGUCAAGGUGCUGGACAGUCCUUCUGCCCCCGUCAACCUGCGCGUCAAGGACGCCAACAAGAACGUGGCCGUGCUCAACUGGGAUCCUCCAGAGAAGGAUGGCGGUAGCCUGGUCACACACUACAUUGUUGAGAAGAGAGAACAGUCACGACGCACGUGGGGUCCUGUGGACAGGGAGGUGGAGAGGAACUCCUACCGGGUCAACAUGGUCGAGGGGAACCACUACUACUUCCGGGUCACGGCCGUGAACGAGUAUGGAGAGGGCAUACCGGCGGAAACCACGACACCGACCCUGGCGGCCGACCCGGUUGAGGUGCCCGACCCACCACGAAUCCUCGAGGUGACCCAGGUGACGGAGACAAGUAUAGGUCUGUCCUGGGAGAAACCUGACUGGGACGGAGGCGCCAGGGUGGAGACUUACGUUAUAGAGGGAUUGUGGGAAGGCAGCAACUCCUGGACUUUCAUGAAGAACACGUGUCAGACCCACGUGACCUUGAUGGGUCUGGACGAGGGGAUGACGUACAGCAUCCGGGUCCGUGCGCAGAACGGGGCGGGAAUCGGGCAUCCGGCGGAGGUGGAGGAAGAUAUCGUCUGCAGACAUCAGGGGAGCCUGCCCAUGGUGGACCUGGGAAUGCUGUAGAAAGUGCCAAACUUUGUUUAAUAGCCUCUACCAGGCUUCGGAAGGGCUAGAAAGAGAAGAAAUUGGACAGAUAAUUGGCAUUAUGACCAAAAUGGCUAAAAUUUCUAGCCAACACUAAGUAAAUUGGGACUUACCCAAAUUUUCGAUCGACUCCGUCGGCCUUGUUCACGGAAUAUGGACCCCUCCAUUGUAGCUUCCGGGACGUGAUGUCGGAAACACGUAAUUGCAACAAAGGGUAGUACGUGUCAGGUAAUCUGUGUCGCCCCCCGUCUCUGUUCAGUCCCAAUUUACUUAUUGUUGGCUAGAAAGUUAAGCCCUUUUGGUCAUACUUAAGUAUACCAACACAGAUGAACUUUCAUGCUAAGAUAAUUAGCAUGUCACAUUUGCCGGUGAUUUAAGGAUGAGCAACUCCCCUGGUACAUUAUCUGUCUAUUUGGCCAUUUUCUAGCCUUUUCAGCCACUUCCUUAAGAGUAAAGGCUAAAACGAUGUGACGAAUUGAGCUGUCAUUUAAUGCCGUUGCGAUAUAUAAGUCAGUCUUAGUUCGAAGUGCACAUGUGCAGUCGUGAUGCAUUGCGGUCUGAGGUCAAAGGUUGAGGCCUUUCAUUAGACCACAUUGCACCUGCGCAAUUGGAACUGUGAGCUGGCUUAUUGGGUAAGUUUUAUCUUUUCAACAGGCGAUUAAAUGGAAUAAUGAAAAGAAGAAACCCACAAAGAUUUGAAUCAUGAGUCAACGAAUGUUUACCUUUGCUACGGUACUUUGUUCUAGCUCAGUUUGCUUGUAAAUAUUGAAAUGUGCAAAUGUAUAAAACAGCAAGA